AUGUCAUCGUCUGUGUUCGUAUUUGGUGCCAGUGGUUACAUUGGCCUUGGCGUAGCUUUGGCUAUGCGUCGUGCUGGCUAUCGAGUCUAUGGAAUGAUUCGUAAUGCGAAAUAUACUGCUACGUUGGUUCAAAAUGAAAUCGAACCUAUUGUAGCGUCGUCAUUUGAUGAUGUUCGACAAGUUGACGAUACUCUUGCCUCAUGUGCAAUUAUCAUUGAUGCUAUUGGAUUCAAUCAAAAAUUGUCACCAAAACUUCUAGAAGCGGCUCUACGUGCCGGAAAGAGUCGAACUCAAGAUGGAAAAUUAGCACACUAUGCUCCACUUUUCAUCUUCACUUCAGGCAUUAUGACUUACGGUGAUACAUCUCCAACGGGUCGUCGUCCAGUUGAUGAAGCAGUCAAACCACGACUUCAACCAGUUAAAACUCGUGACAGCACUUCCUCAGCUGAUGUCACAAACAUGAAAGAACGAGAAGACUACGAAAAUCAAGUCUUGGCAAGCUCUUGUACCUCGCUCAAGACAACAGUCAUUCGACCCGGCUUCGUUUACGGUGGUCAAGGUGGUUUUGUGGCCGAUCUAUUCUAUUCAGAGCCUCUAGUUAUUCAAGGGCGAAGAGAUAUGCGUUGGAGCUGGGUUCACCUCGAUGAUCUUGCUGAAGGCUACGUUGCUGUAGUACGAGCUCCACAUAGUGUUGUCGGUGGACAACUUUACAAUCUUGCUGCUCCAAACGAUAAUCCGACGUAUGAAGAGCUACGAGCAGCCAUGGCUAAAGCUCAGGGUCGAAAGGAGAAGAUUGAGUAUAAAGAAGCCGUUCCUGGUGUUCCAUCAAGAUGGGAUACGGAUUCAAUAAUCAAUCCAGCCAAGGCUAUGAACGAAUUAGGUUGGCGACCAAGACAUGUAGGAUUUGUUGAGGAAAUUGACACGUAUUACAAGGCUUGGGCAGCUCAUAAAGCUGCUGACAAGGAAACCAAGUAG